CCCCCAACCAAGAUCUAUUUUACAAAGAAAAACUUUCUAAUUCCAUUCCAUUCCAUGAAACGAACGCUACCUUAGUAACCAUGACAACUUCCCAAAUGCCACUCUUCCUCCUUGUGCUACUUGCACUCGUGGCGUCAACCUCUGCAAGCCCGCCGAUACACGACGUCCUCAAAGUAUUUGGAUUUCCACCCGGCCUUCUACCUGACUCCGUCCAAUCUUACAUCCUAUGCCCUCUAGAAGAGGGUUUCAACUUCACUAUCUACCUUAAGAACCCAUGUCAAGUCCAGUACACACCCAUUACUACCAUUCGCUUCAUGAAAGAGAUUACCGGACACAUCAACAUCUUUAAUAUUACACAGCUGAAUGGUCUUCAGAUGGCAACGCUGGACGAAUCCUUUGAACCAUUUUGGAUAAAUAUUGUCGACAUCAAAGUCAGUGAUCAACGUAUUUACUUUACACUAGAAGAAUUCUCACUUUUGUCGUUUAAAUCGAAGCGAUGGAGACAAUUCCAACCUGCCAAGAUCUGGCCCUUGAUGCUUCAGAUCGAUCACCCAAACUUAUCUCUCAGCUUCCGGUCAGCAUGAGAUCAAGAUGUUAUGAGAGCAAUGCCUUUCUCGGUUGAACGUGUUGUAUGAAGAUCGAGAUGUUAUGUGAGCGAUGGUUCGGUUAAACGUGUUGUAUGAAUAAAUGAAAUUCAGGCUGGUUAUGUACUUGAUUUUCAUAAAAAAUAUAUAGUUUGGUGACUUUUAACUGGUAAGUUUGAUCAUGCAUCAGUAAUAAUAUUUUCCAGAAACAUCUAGUUCA